AUGUCUAAAAAGAAACUGAAGAAAUUAAGUGGAAAGGAGGGCAGUCUGGAUGGUCGGGAUGAUAAAAACUCUGAAGACUCAAGAUGUUAUAACCCUGCUAUGAAAAGAGAAGCAGAAUUUCAGAGGCUCAAAAGAGAGAAGGGCAUGCAAGAGAAGAUAAAUGAGCAAGGUUCUAAUGUUUCUCAUGGUGUUGAUAGAUGGUCUGAAGGAAAAUCACCAAACAGAAGCAAAACCACAGAUGGUUCUCCAAUCCAAAUUGAGAAGCGAAAGAGAAUAGUUAUACAGUUUAAGCCUAAAGAGGUUAAACAUGGGAAAAGUACUAGUGCUGCUGAUGUGGUAUCUACUAGRAGAGAAAGUCAUCACAAAGGUAAUCGUUUUGAUGGAGCAGAAGAAAAACAGCUCUUGCAUAGCUUUGCACUCCAGAAGGACAAGGUGAUGAAGAAAAAGAGAGAGGGAAAUGAAUUCUGCAAAUUAAAACUAAAAGCUGAACAAGCCAUGCUGGAGAAGUUCAAGUCUGCUGCAUGCACUUCACAUGUACCACACAGAGCAUCACAUGGAUCCAAAAAAUUGAGUGAAGAUGUCAGAACUCAAAAAAAGCCAUCUAUCACCUMUGCAAAGACUGUAAAUGAUGAAACAUCUUCCACUAAAAAAUCACGUAUGUUAUCCAGGACUUGUGAUGAUGAUGAGGAUGAAGAAGAAUAUAAGGAGUUUUCUAGGAAAAAUAAACAUGCUACGAAACAUACACCGUCUUACUGUUCAGCUGAAACACCAAAACGAUGGCACUGUCAUAAGUGGAAAAAACAGGAUGCUGAUGCUGGUAAAACUGAUACUAAUGCAGGGACUAAAGGAGGAUGCUUGCAAGCUGCRGCUUUACGUUUUAAGCGGACUUCUGAGGUCCCAAGCACAUCUGAUUCCUACCAAGACAGUGAGAACACAAAGUCUACCCAAAAGAUCUUUGAAGUCCUUCCAUCACAUCGAGGCAAUCAGAGCCCAGAAUCAGAUCAAGAGAUGCAGAUAGUAGAAGAUUUGCAUGUUGCCCGUCUUGAAAAAAGGAUGGCAUUGCCUGUAGUGCAGACUUGUGGAGAGCUUACAAGCAUGGAAAUAGAUCUCCCAGAACAGAAUUUAAGUAUUUCUGCUGCGUCUUCUGCUUCUGGUCUAAACAUACUAGUGGUGAUUGACACAAAUAUAAUGAUUAGUCACCUCGACUUUGUCAAGUCCUUAAAAUCUGAAACUAUACCAGGUGUUGGGAGACUUGCAUUGAUAAUUCCUUGGGUUGUUCUGCAAGAAUUAGACCACUUAAAGAAGGGGAAAAUGUUGCAGCACGUUCGGGACAAAGCUAUCCCUGCAGUCCAGUUCAUCUACAUGUGUCUUAAAAACCAAGAUUCAAAGUUGUGGGGGCAAUCCAUGCAGCUUGCUUCUCAAAAAAUAUAUGGCCUGAGUGACAAGAACAAUGAUGAUCGUGUUUUACAAUGUUGUCUGCAGUAUCAGAACCUCUUUCCUCAAGCUGUUGUCAUACUUUGCACGGAUGAUAAGAAUUUAUGCAAUAAGGCCAUUGUGAGUGAGGUAAAGGCAUUCUGCAAAGCAGACUUGGUUACUGCUCUACAGAAUCUGAAUGUUAACAAACAGCAGAACUGUGUUGAUCUGCAACAGUCCAAAUGUGAUACGGAAUUCCAGAAAAUAGAAGGAAAUGCUUAUCUUACUACUCAAUUCCCAAGUAUACUUCCAGACCUUGAAAAGAACUUAGGAGAAGCUUUAUCUAGUAUUUUGGAGACUGAAAUGAAAAUUGCUUUUGGAAACCUGUGGAUGGAGAUACUGUAYCUGAAGCCACCAUGGACAUUAGCAAGCUUACUGCAGUGUUAUAAAAAACACUGGGUGGCUGUUUUUGGUCAUAUUGUGCCGAGGAGUUUACUUGCAACUGUUGAAUAUCUCUAUAAACACCUCUGUACARCUCAAGCAGUUGACUCCUCGACAGCUGGUAUGUUGCUCCAGGAAUCCAAAAACCUGCUGCAUGCUUUCAGUUCAAGGUCAGACUACAAUGGUGUGCUUCCUCRGGCUUACGCUGAAGUCAGUAAGCUCCACCAAACACUUACAGAGGUAAAAUCAGACAGUGGACAGGAUUUGUCAGAAGACACCAUGGUCCUUUCAGAAAAUGCUGUAUGUGAAAAAAUGGAAGCAGUGACACCAAAUCUGCAAAAUUGUGAAGAAAAAAAGUUGCAUUCAAAUACCCACGUGGCUCAAGAAAACAGACACCAGGAAAUCUGGUCAGUCUUGGAAGGUGUAUGGAAUACAAUAAACUUAUACAGUGUAGAAAUAUUUCAGAAGUUGGACCCCAGCACAGUAGCUGUUACUUCGAAGUCUUCAUUUGAAGAAGCUUUUUUAGGCCUGCAAAAACUGAUAGCAGCUGUGAAUGAUAUCCUUGAAGGAAUUCGUAGAAUCCUGGCCCCAAACAGUACUUUUCAAGAUAUCUGGACCCUUUAUAACUUCGUCAUAAGCAAUGAGAUAAAUAGCAGUGUAAAAUUUACUGCUGAGGAGCUUUAUGAGUGUGUUUCACAAGAAACAUACAGAGAAAGGCUGGCCGUUGGCUGCUGCCAGUUGGCUCAGCUGGAACACACUAUUAAGCAGUGCAACGCGUCCGUUCACAUGGAGGCAAAAAGCAGGGGCUGGCUGUGACGCCUCAGGCAAGGUUUGGAGCUGCCGCGCUCACCCCCUGUACUUGCUUUGUCCAAACUAAGGAUGACUCCUKGGAUAGGGAAGGGGAAAAGGUAUCGGAGGAGCCAAAAAAUCUGCCUUUUUUACCUCAUGGUGCUGUUUUGUAUGUGUUAAAAUAAAAAUGAUUACAUAUAUAAAUCCUUAAAAGUCAGAAUGUCUGCCAAGAACUGCAGCUUAGUAGAAUUUUCUGUCUUCAGAGGGGCUCUAACUGGAUAUGGCAGCAGCUCAGAAUCCACAAUGACGGUGAGUUUAAAACAUCAGUUCUAAGCUCCAAAAGAGUUCAUGUUACCUGUUCUUGAGAGGUUGGAUCUGUUGCUCCUGUUUAUUUAGCAAGACAAGUGUGAGGGAGUUGGGUUUUUUGUAGAUUAAAUACAUGAAGGAAAGCGGGGGAAGAUGAGGAACAAACUGCGUUGAGAGCUAGGCUGCUGAAAGGACAAGGGAGAGGGGCUGCCUCAGGCAGGUCCCUCUGCUGUUUACUGCSUAGAAAGGAAGGAUUUGAACAAAGGUGGAGCGUGGCUCUUGCCCUACCUUCUGCAACACAAGGCUUGAGAUGUAGCAGGGGAAAGGAAUUGAAUUUAAAAAAUCUGUCACGUCCAGGAUAAAUACUGUUUUUAAUGCUUUUCUCAACAUACAGGGAGUAUCUAAUCUCUGGGAGAAAAAAAGGUCUUCAAGACAGUGACAACAAUCCAACUAUAUUAGGCUUGUAAUUAAGCAUGCUAAUUAUAAAUGAUUUUACUAAGUUUGAAGGAAGACAGUAUUUUUUCCUUCAUUGAAAUACCCUCUUAAUUGUAGUAGCUCUGCUACUGUAGACUUUUUUUUUCAGAAAAGCUCCUGUAACCUCCCUGCUCCUUCUGUUCGGUUUCCCUGUCUGUCAAGGCAAGUGUUUGGGGGURUUGGUCGCUGCAGGUUCUAAUCCAGGCCUUGCCUGUCACAGCUCUUCAGGUGACAGCUCUCUCUGAACAGCUCRCCUGUUUCUUUCCAAAGCAGAUUUAAGUUGAGGGAACUUUCUAAAAGCCAUUUUCAGGCUGCUGGGGCCUUUGAAGCUACCUCUUCAGUGUACGUACUUGUACAGAAAGAACUGGYACAGUUCUAGAUGU